AGGAGAGAAUCGAAAGAUUUUCUCUACGGCUUGUCCAAAUGUAACGCUGUGACAUAGUUUCUUCUCGACCAAUUUUGAGCUACUUAACAUGCUCAGAACGAUUUCAUUUUUAUAAGUGUUCGUCUUUUCUGUAUAACUAAUCGUUCUACGCAAGAACAAGAUCGAUAUAUCGACAUGGAAGAAGCUUACAAGAGACGUAAUAAGUUAGAAACUGUAUAAGAGUCUACAAAUUUUCCUUAGCCAUAAAAGUCAAAACUAAAUAGAUUAACUUGUAGAGAAUGAAAUUCUGCAUCGAAAGGUAUGUUUCUCGAUUUUUUUUGGAAAAAUUUCUUGGUUAUAGAACCCAAAAUGCGAUUUUUAAAAAAGUUUAAAACCCAGUUUUCACUGCCAAAAUCUAAUUUUUGUACAAAAUAAAUGUCAAAUUCGUAAUCAAUGUUCAAAACUGCAUCUAGUUACUUAUUCAGAUCUAUCCAACUCGAAAAAAAAAGCUUUUCGAAACUUGAUCAUUGAAGUGUCGGGUUACGUGGACAAGCAGUCUAAUAUUUAACAAUCAUGAUGAUUAAUGUAGUUAUUCUAUAAUUACAUUAACCCUUUGAGGACGGAUGGGUGAUAUUUGUACCACCUAUUUUUCAGUACAGAAAAUGUUUGUUCUAUGUUAAACUGUUACAAUCUUUAAGAUAAAUAGGUCGCCUAUCUGCCACCUGAUCCAGGUCUUUUCUCUCUUUCUUCCUGACAUAUAGAUCUUCUCAGAUGUCCUCCUUUCUUCCUGCUACUAUAUACCGACGCAUGAUUUCUCUCUCUCUUCUCUCAAUGCAUUAUCAUUAGGUUUUUAUCUCAUCAUUUGAAGCCAAAUACAACAGUCUGACUGAAGAACCAUUUUUCGAUUGAAAAAAAAUUCCGUCCUCAAAGGGUUAAGAUAUUUGCAAAGAGUAAGAAGAGAUUCGAAACUUUCCAUAGGAAAUGAAACAAUCAAAUACGUUCUAGAUUUUUAUAUAUUUGUUAAUAGGUUAAAGAAAAACGUUUAAUUGGUAAAAAAAAAUAAUCCCGUCGAAAAGAACUUGUAAAUGAUAAAUCCAGAACAAUUGAAAUUCAUUUAAAUCGACAUUCCAAAUCGAAUUUAUAUUCCUUAUCAAAUCUAGAAAUAAUUCAUCAAUUGAAUUGUCGAUAUAAUCAAAUAGAUGAUAGUUUAUCAUAUCGAACAGGAGCAUCAUUAUCUCCAUCAAUAGGUGAUGCACCAGCUGCUAGUCCUGAACAAUCUUAUAUAUUAGAUUUAAUAUACAUAACAAAUGCUCAUCUUGAUAAUAUGGAUAUUAUUCAACAUUCAUCAUCAUUUUAUUGUGAUCAAGAUAGUAGUUCAAUUCCAUCGAUUUUAUUAAAUACUAUAUCGAUUAAUAAACAACCAAUUAAAUCAAAUUAUUUAGAUUUUGAAAAUACAGAAAAAUAUCUUGAAGAAAAUCAAUGUGAUUGUUAUCGUCAAUAUAUUGAAAAUGAAAAAUUAACUAUUAAUGAAGAACAAGAUGAUGACAAUAAACUAAAAAGAAAGUCGAAAAUGUCAAUAUAUAUGAAUAAAUAUAUAUGGUCUUAUUGGAACAAAUUUCAAAAAUUUAUAUCAAAUUUUGUUGCAGAAAAAUAUUUUCGUCGUAUUGUAUUGUCAGCUAUUGUUAUAAAUACAUUAUCAAUGGGUAUUGAAUAUCAUGAACAACCUCAAUCAUUAACAAAUGCAUUAGAAUAUUGCAAUUUAGUAUUUACAUCAUUAUUUGCUAUUGAAAUGAUUUUAAAAAUAAUUACUGAUGGAUAUCUUCAAUAUAUUAAAAAUGCUUAUAAUUUAUUUGAUAGUGCUAUUGUUAUCAUGAGUCUUAUUGAAUUACAAGGAAAUAAAAAUAGUGGAUUAUCAGUUUUACGUAAAUUUAGAUUAUUACGUGUACUUAAACUUGUCAGAUUUAUGCCAACACUUAGGCGGCAAUUGGUAAUCAAUCUUUUCUUUUUUUUUGUUCUUCUCUUUUAUUUUAUUUUAUUUUUUCAUUCGAACUACUUAUCGAUUCAUUGAUAACUAUCUUUAGUAGAAAUGCCAUAUUCAACUAAUCGAUUCUGUUUUAGUUUUGUUUUAACUCUUAUCACAUCCGAAAGGUAUCUGUUUUGAGCAUACUUAUUUUCCAUUUUUAUGAUAGCUGAUUGAAUAACUAUAUCCAAUAAUUUUGAAAGAAUUUUCUAAAUGUUUAAAAGUGUAUAAAAGACAGAAAAUGAUUGUUUAAGAAAGGAUUUUCAUAUAUAAAUUUAUGUUAAUCUCAACUUUAGAAAAAGUUUCAAUAAAUAAAUCUAAUUAAUUUUGUUUUUCGCUAUAGAUUGUCAUACUUAAAACAAUGGAUAAUGUGACUACAUUUUUUCUCUUUAUUACUUCUAUUUAUAUUCAUAUUCAGGUAAGUUUAGAAGAAAAAAAAC